AAUGCGUUAUCAGACGCAUCAAAAAAUUUGACUAUUUUUAUUUUGAAAAAUAUUUGAAUGAAUUGUUAGGUUAAGUGAACUAACAUGGGAAAACGAUAAUAUUAUGAAUAAGCAAAUACGAAUACAUGGGGAAAUAAGUCUACGACGAUUUCAUUUGUCAUCUUCUUAUAAAUCAUUCUAUAAAUUGCAUCAAACUUUGAUUGAACAAAAGUCUCUGGAUAAAGUGCAUCGUUCUUUUUACAAUUCUUUACUAAAAGAAAAGAAGAAAUACAACAAAUCAGAUAUAAAGAUACAACCUACAAUUCGUCAUCUACUAUUUCAACUUCAGAGGGAGGUCGAGGGAAAUCAUGAGGAUAUUAUUUUGAAUUCUAAAUUUGUUCCCUUGAAAAGGAAUAUGUUAUUGGAAAUAUAUGUGUAUCAUAUUAUACUAUCAGUCUACUACUUGUACAAUGAUACCAAGAUUAACAAACAGCAUAUCGAAAUAAUCACGAGAGCACAAAUCGAGAACAUGAAUGAGUUAACUGUUAAGCAUUCAAUGAACGAUAUAUCUUUUGUGGGGGAUAUCAAAAGCAGUUGUUUACAGCUACUUGAUCCUGAUCAUCAGGAUAACUUACCUCAGCCAUUAGUGGAAGGUGUCAGAAGAUUCUUAGACAUUUCCAAAGGAAAAUAUAGCAUUAACGAUCUUAAAAAGUGGAUUCAUUCCUUGACUGCUGGUUCUGUUAGACAAAGUUGUAUGUUAUUAGAGGGAUUACAGGGAAUUCCAGCAUUUGUUUUGACAGAUAUUUUGUUAAGAUCACCUAUGUCAAAACAAGAUUUCCACUUACAGCAAGAUAUUUGGUUUGAAUACUUUGAUGAAAUAAUGGAAGCAGGUAUUGAAAAGACUUCCUAUUUAAAACUAUGUUUUAAAAAUUUAGUUUCAUAUUGUAUUAUAUAUGACAUUCAAUUUUUACCACAAUUGAUAAACAGAACAAUUGAAAGGCUCGAACGUCCAAACAAAAGUUAUGCAAAUGUACUAUUGAAUAGAGUUUUUGUGGAAGAAUUAAUCUGGCACUCGUCAUUUUGCCUUCUAAAAAGCUUUGCACAUCAAGAUGCUUCAAGUGUGAUAUCGUGUCAUGAAAUGUUGAUAAAAUUUCUAUCCAGGCAGAAUGAGAAUGUCAUCGAACAAUUAGACCUUAAAGCAUACAUGGGAAUAGUUAUUACAAUUGGUUUCAAAUCUACCGAUGUUGCUGAUCGACUCUUUGCUGUUGGUGAAGGGAGAUUUCACAAGACUCAUGCUGAUUAUUCUCACAAACAUAUCGUCUCCUAUAAUCUAGCGAAGAUAUUUCUAUCCAAGACGCCAGAGGAACUUGUCAAGAAUUUUAACUCAACAUCGGAUUCAAGUCUGUUUUCAGAUAGUCUAUGGUUGGUUUUCUUGUUGAAAUUGAAAUCUUUCAACUUGUUAACUGCUAUGAGAUCCAAAAAGGUACUUGUUGAGAUCCUAAAAAGGAAAGAUACAUUAGUAAUAACUAAGGAUCUAAUUUCCGUUCUAAUAGAACCGAUAAAUGGACUUGAUCAUUUUAAUGAAUUUGUGAACUUAAUAGCCGCUUGUGAUGAAAAGCUUUUUCUAUCUUUGAAAGGACUUUUGCUACCGAGAUAUUUAAAGAUAUUGUAUAAGAACUAUAGAUCAAACGGUGUAAAAUUACAGAAGUUUCCUUGGGAUGAUAGAAAUCCACUGGAAUUCAGUGUCAUAGAAUAUGCUAGGCUUCUUUUUCGUGACUGUAUCAACAACAAAUCAGUUAGCACCAUAUCUAUAAUGUUGCAAGGUGAGGCAAUUGUGAAUCCAACAGGUGUUUAUGAGCUUUAUAAAAGUGAAUUGAUACUGAAAGAUGUUCCUCCUAAUGAUGGGUGCAUUCUAGCUCUUAUUAGUGCUUCUACUAAGACUGCGAACGGUCAAAUUAUUUGGGGAGAUUUAUAUGCUCCUCAAGUUGCAAUUGCAGAAUUUAAGCGAGUAGUGAAAGAUGUUUAUAAGUCACAAAUACUUUGGAGACGGUAUAUUCGAAUGUUAGCUAAAUUUGAUUAUGUUCAUGAAUUAGCAGGAAUUAUCCAGUUUUGGGAAAAAUUAAAAUUCAGACCUGAUCAAGUUACAUUGUUGCUUCUAUUAUCUUCACUACCAAAAGAGUACUCACAAAGGUAUAUAGAUCAUUUUAAACUUAUCAAUGGGAGUGAAAAUACUGUUAACAAACUGGAAAAUAUUUCAGAUUCUCUGAGCUGGGACUGGCCAACUUCUACAGAAUUAAGCCAAUUUAAACUAAAGAAUAAAAUAGAAUAACAAAUUGUAAAUAUGUAUUAUUUGUUGUAUAUAGAUUUGUAAUAUAUAGAGGUAUUAAAUUAGUAGUUCGCUCUACUAAAUUAUUUUUAUUAUAAAGAUCCCAUUCUGGUAGGUUUUUUGCAUCCUCUAUAUUUUGACCAAUCAAAUUUCAAUUUGUGCGCUCCGAAAUCUCUCCAUGAAUUUUUCAAAAGAUCAAAAAAAAUUAAAAAUGAAAUAU